AUGGCUCCAAUGCCAGAAAAUACCGUCGAUGACCGUCUCAGAGACGUGAUCCAGAACCUCUUCGAGAUCCAAUCUGCCGUGCAUGGCUACCUUGGUCCCGAAACCCAGCAGCAGCUAGUACGCAAAAUACACCAACUCACCACCUCUCUCUCGACCCUCUCGACCUCGUCCUCCUCCCUGCCUAUUGGUCUCCCUCCGGAGAUAAUAGACUAUAUCGAUCAAGGUCGCAACCCAGACAUAUACACGAGAGAGCUUGUCGAGGCGGUGCAGAGGAGUAAUCAGUAUCUGAAGGGGAAGAGUGAGGCGUUUGCGGGCUUCAGGGAUAUGCUGGCGGAGGAGAUUGUCAAAGGGAUUCCCGAGUGUAAGGAGGACGUUCAGAGGAUAUUGGAGGGAAACAAUGCGGUAGUAGGGGAGGUGAUGAGGCAAAAUGGAGAUGUUUGA